AUGGCCAGUGCAGCCCUAAAACUCAUUUCCUCCAUUUUAUUUCUUUCAAGCUUAAUAAUACCCAGAUACAAUUGUCAAGAAUUUUCAAGAAAAUUAUCGAAGGAGGAGUUCGGCCUCAAAAAAGAAAAACUAAGCCACCUCCACUUCUACUUCCAUGACAUACUCAGCGGCCGAAAUCCCACCGCCGUCCAAGUGGCUUCGGCCGCCAUGACUAACACCUCUUCCACCUUGUUCGGGUUGGUGACGAUGAUCGAUGAUCGCUUGACAGUUGGCCCAAACAUGACCUCCAAACUUGUUGGAAGGGCUCAAGGCAUUUAUGCAUCGGCAGAUUUGGAUGAAGUAGGGCUUUUGAUGGUUUUGAACUUUGUUUUUGUUGAAGGCAAGUACAAUGGUAGUACCCUCAGUGUGUUGGGGAGGAACAAUGUGUUCUCCGCCGUGAGGGAGAUGCCGAUUGUCGGCGGUAGUGGGCUUUUCCGAUUUGCUCGUGGCUACGCUCAGGCAAAGACUCACCAUUUUAAUUUACAAACUGGGGAUGCCACUGUAGAGUACAAUGUCUAUGUCUUCCAUUAUUGA